AAGCGGCGAAGGCGGAAGCAACAGAGCCAGCACGACCCUACCGUGCGCCCGGUCUUGGCAGCACCAUGCAGCCAGAUACGGAGAGGACUCGGAUACGGCCCAAGAAGCCAGACAAGGCCCUGUACGUCCCCAGAGCUCUACGCCAGACAGCCAGCUCAAAAACUAGCACCUCAUUGGCCACCAGACACGGGAGGGAGGGGAGCCCCUCCUGCUCCUCUGGGAAGGAGAUCACCAAAGGAUGUGAGGGAAGGCCGAGUCCCAGAGCUGGGAGAGGCCUGUUUCACGAUGACCGGGAUGGAGUGGUUGCGCCCAGAGAACCAAGAGGAACCUCACCUCAAGGCGGGAGCUAUAGCAAUGCCUUCUGCACGAGGCCAAAGGCUCAGAAAGAGUCCCAGCAGAAGGCUGAGUCACACAGACUGCCCGCUUCCUCCAGCUUCCUAGCUACCACUCCCUCUGCACUGCCCAACCGUCACGCAGGGGCGCCUCCGGAGUCCUGCACUGCCCUCUCUCACACUAAUCUAUUGUGGAGGAUGGCCGAGCUCCAGCUUCAGCCAAGGCAUAGCGAGGGAGACUGCUCUUGGGAGCAGCAGCACAUGUGUCCGUCAGCAGAGCAGGACGCUUUCUCUUUUCAAAGGACUCCCCGCACUGGCGUGAGCAAGCCGGCAGGAACACCCCUCAAAGAUCAGGUAGGGCUGAGUGAAGGGAGAGUGCAGACAUCCAGCAGCGAGAGGCUCUCAGAUGAGGGAGAGGUGGGUGACGGUGGCCUGCUGGCCAGCAGGGAAAGCACAAUGGCACCUGCGAGCCAAGGUUACUCAGAACCAGCUGGAGUAAAUGAGGGCAAUGUGUCUGAAAGUUCAGCUGAGGGGAUUCCAGGUGGCCCAGGGGCACAGGAGGAUUGCCUCUCGGCAUGUGCAGGCGAGGGAGUGUCUGAUCCAACAGAUGCAGGCAAGGGAAACGGGUUGGUUUGCCCUGAGACAGUUGAGCCUGGUAGACGUGAAGGCAGUGAUAUGAGCAACUCCAAUCAGACAGAGAUGAGUGACAGUAGCAUGUUGGACUAUACGGCCAAUAAAGUUGCAGACCAGACAGAACCAAAGGAAGGCAGUGGCAUCAAAGAGGCAAAUGGGAGCGUCGCUGCUCAGGCAGAAGCCAACAUGCAGAGCACACUAGAGCAUGGCGAGGAGGAGAAUGAGAGUAGCAUGUCCAGUCAUGCAGUUGAACACAUGUCUGAUCAGAUUGGAGUGAGCUUUGAUAACGUGUCUGGAAACAGGGAUGAGAGCCCUUCAAUUGAGGCAGGUGGUUCAGGGGUGGCUGCAGGCUGUAACUGUUCAGAUAGUGACUAUGGGACAUGGGAUUGUCACCCCAAUUGUGUCUUGGAGGAUGAAGUGGGGCAAGGGGGUGGCAGGGAACACGAGGAGGGAGGCAGCAUUUCCCAUCACGCCUGUCGGUGCAAAGGCAAUGUCUCUGGGGCUGAGGUUGCACUGGCAACAGGAGAAGCCACGUUGGGCAUGGGAGAGCCAAGUGCUGAAGGAAGGGAGGCUGCUGGCCAGUUACUGGGAUGUGCCUCAAAGAAGGUGGCGUGCGGCUCAGAGAGCUCAGGGGACGCCUCAGUGCAAAAGCCAAGCCAUGGGGCUGUGGGCAUGAGGUGCUGGCAUCCGUCUGAAGCCAAGGCAGGCGAAGAAGCUGGAUGGAGCGAGGAGCCUGCUGGAACCAGCAUUGAUCCGACAACCGGCAAUGAGGAUGACGGCGUGGCAGAUGAGAGCUGGGAUGCUCUGUUUAAUGACGAUGGUGACUGCCUGGAUCCGCAUUUACUGGCGGGGCUUUCUCCCCACAGACCACACCCUGCGGGGCUGCAGGAACCACACUUUGACUACUACAACUACGCCCCGGCUGACUUGGACUUGAGCGACUCUGAGCUGCCGCACGUCAUUGAGAUCUACGACUUCCCAGCGGAGUUUCGCACUGAGGACCUGCUGCGCGUCUUCUGCAGCUACCAGAAGAAAGGCUUUGACAUUAAAUGGGUGGAUGACACACACGCCCUGGGGAUCUUUUCCAGCCCCAUCACAGCCCGAGAUGCUCUCACCACCAAGCACCUGAUGGUGAAAACCCGUCCGCUGUCCCAGGCCACGCGAGCUGCAAAGACCAAGGCCCGAGCCUUUUCUGAAUUCCUGCAGCCAGCCAAAGAGCGCCCCGAGACCUCAGCUGCUCUGGCCAGGAGACUGGUGACAGGCGCCCUGGGCGUGCGGAGCAACCAAAGCAAGGCCGAACGGGAAGCUGAACGCAGGCAGCUACAAGCAGCCCGAGAGCGGAAGCGCUUGGAGAUGAAACAACGAGAAGAUGCCUGGGAAGGACGGGAGUGAGGCCACACCAUCUCAAGGAGAAAGGGGAGAGAUGCCUUUGAGACCUCACCUGAGCAGGACCGGGGCUUGGACGCAGGCGGGCAGGUUGUGCUCGGCAGCGCUGGGGGAAGUUCUGCCGCUCCCUUUGGGCUGAGCACCAAGAACAUGGGCCCUCCUGAGCGGCAGAAACGUGCUCAAAUGAGCCGCAGCAAGCCUUGCCCUGGGAUACACCUGAGACCCUGAAACAGUGGAGCUGGAGUUGGCAGCGCCUCUGCAACAGCUGCCACUGGGCAUCCGGCCCAAAGACUGGGCACUGUUCCACUUGUUGUGCCUAGAAACAUAAUCCUCAAUAUCCAGAUGAUGUUGGCUUGGAAGUGGUGCCUUCCUCCACUGUGGGCAGCAGGCAGACCACUGAGCCGUGUGGUGCCCCCCUUGGGUUCUGUGGGACUGGACUGAGCUGUGGCAGCUUUUACAAUGGGCCCUCUAGGAUGAUCAAGUGCCCGCCACUGAGUUUCUUAUUAAAGGCUUUUUUAUUUUAAAAAAAUAUUCACAUGGUGCAGUGUGCUACUUCCAAGUGGCUCUUGGAUCAACCUAUGCAACCUUGUGGAUUCAGCAACAGCCAGUGGUGGCAGCCAAUGAGUCGCCAACGGCUGGACCAGACUUCCUCCAGGCCUCCUCAGGAUGUCCAAUUGCUGACCGGAAAUCAGCAUCAGAUGCACAGAAAACAGCAACCGUUGUACGUUAGCAGAAUCCUGAUAGAGCUAAGUUCCAGUAAAGAGCUGGUGUUGAGGUGCUCUUUUCCCUUGUGCGUGCUGGGAAGCUGGCGUGUUUACAGGAGCCCUUUGCCACCCAAACUGUAUGCAAGAUCGCUGGCCCUACCAGGAUAUUGCUGCUGCUGCUGCUGCUGCUGCUUCUGGGAUUCCCCUCCUCAUAGCAGGAUUGCUUUGGCAGAGGCCCCUGCAGCAUGUCACUCCCACCUUGUGAAUAUAGGGCUUGUAAUAGCUGCCGGACCCAGGUCACAGCACAAACAUGCUUGCUCUGGCCAGCUUGCAGGAAAGGUUGGAUUUCGCUUUACGGGCACUGACCCCCCUCAGGAAUGCCUCCCCAGGGGUAGCAGACAGAGUCCUCUCUGUUCCAGGUACGUAGCUUGAUUACAAACGCCCGAGCUGCAGGCAGAUCGGCCACUUCCUUGUAAACUGACAUUGACAACACGCCCCUGCUAGGCCGUGCCGGAGAUUCCUGUGGUCAGACUCUCCCAGCUGUGUUUGGGGUCAACACCCUGGGAGCAACUUGGCUCCCUGAGUAGUGGCUGCCGCUGCCUUGAUUGCCCCAAAGGACAACAGCACAGCGGGAGCAGGCACGACUGCAGCCCAAAUGCAGCACAACAUGUCCCAGGCCCAGCAGCGGGCCGUAAGAACGGGAGUGAAGCUUGGGAGGACUAAAUGGGAGUGGGGAGGCAGAGUCCUCUUGGCUGAUGCUUCAAGGCAGGGGUGGGGGGGAGCAAAUGUGGCCCUCCGGGACUCUCUGCUUGGCCCUUGGAACUCUCCCCAAGCCACACCCCUCUUCCACUGGCCACGCCCCUCGCUGGCCCUGCAUUGCAGCCUCCUUGAGUGUUUUUUGCCUGCCCAGCCUGUAUCCUUGCACUGCCUAGAUGGCAAAUACAGAGAGAUGAGCAAAUUGGCAUUUGCUGCUCCAGUCCCUUUUGCUUCUGGGCCUUUGGUAUGUGGCCCCAGAAGGCUGCCAAAGAGGACGUGUGGCCCCCAGGCUGCAAAACGUUCCCAGCCCAUUUGAAAGGGUGUCUGUGGCACCACAUGGCCUGAUUUCCGGUCAGAGAGGGGAAAGGGAGACUGGAGCCUCCUUGUCAGAGCCUGGGGAGACGAUGCAUGGGAAAUAUUGUCUCAGAAGCAUCCAGCCCUGUUUAGCUUUGCCUGGGGUCAGGUCAAGGUAGGCCAAGACAGCUCUCAAGCCUGGAAUGUGCUGGCAGGCCGAGUGUUUACUGGCCAGCCAAGCUCACAGGCAUCUCCCUGCCUGGAACAGCUCUCUCUUGUGUCUCCUCUUGGGCAGGGUGGAGUCCAGGGCUCUGAUGUGGGCAGCAUUCUGGAAGGGGAGGCGGGUGGGUGCUCACUGCUUUUCCUGGCAGCUCCAGUAGUCUGUAACCCCCUGGUGAGGCUUGGCUUGCUCUGGCCUGCCAGCUGCUCCCCGAAAACAAGCCCCGUCUAUUUGGGCCAAUUAAAUAUUCUAAAUACUGAUACAGCGCAGCGGCUAAACUGUCCCACCUCUGUUUAUAGCUUCUGGCGGCCUGCGGAGGCUGCCAACAUGAAAGGCCAGCAGCCAUGAGCCAUCUGUGUCUUGCAAGCAACUUGAGAGGGAGUUUCCAUCAGCACGAGGGCUGGAAAUGUCUCUGCUGUGGCUACUCUUUCCCUCAGAAAUGCUUGGCUUGUUUCUUUUGUUCCUUGAUCAGGAGACUUCAUGCAGGCAUGUCGCUAAGAAGUAAAAGUUCAGUGGGACUUCCUCUCUAGUCAGUGCCGCCUUAAUGCCACAAUGCAGAGCGUUCCUCAUGAAGUUGUGCCUCAGUCCUGUGUUGGGUGGCUGUUUCUGCACCCCCGUCCUGAUGGAGCUUGGUUCACUCUCUCUUCUCCUCACUCCUUCUCGUUCCCUUUGUGUUAGAUUGACAGAAUUUUGCCACACAUGCCACACACACAUGCCACACACACAUCAUUUUGAAGGCCUUCAGAAUAAAAUUGAAGAAGUGUGCAUGCACACAAAAGCUCAUACCAAUGACAAACUUAGUUGGUCUCUAAGGUGCUACUGGAAGGAUUUUUUUUUUAUUUUGUUCAGAAUAAAAGGUAGGGGCUAUCUGUCUCUCUCUGUCUCUGUGUCUGUCUCUGUCUCUCUCUCUCUCUCUCUCUCUCUCUCUCUGUAUGUGUGUACAGUGUUUUUUUCUAAAAAAUAUAUCUUUAGGGUACUCUCAUUUUGACUCAAGAAAAUCACCAUUUUAUAGUUCAAAUUGGGGGAAAUAAAUACCGUAAAUGGACAUAAGUACAAAGAUUCACAAAAUGUUUAGGGGUAUUCAUACCCCUGCGUCGCCCCCCCCCCCCCGAAAAAAGCACUGUGUGUAUCACACACACACACCCCAAAACAAUACAUAUAUACAAGCAUACAUUCAUUCAGUUAGUUAGUAUACCUCCCUACACCUGUAGAACUCAGGGUGGUUCACUACAUAAAAUUACAAUAUAAAAACCACAAAAUACAUAGUAAAAAUAACAACAAACCAAUAAAACACACACACACAAAACACAUUUGAAAGGGCACCGGAUGUCAAUCAGCCAAAGGCCUGGUAGAAGAAGAACGUUUUUGUCUGGCACAGUCACUUAUGGACUCAUCAUUAAAACCGUGUUUAUGGAAGACAAUCUUACUCGGCUACGAGUGAUCGCCAAAGAAGAAGAAGAAAAGGUGUAUAAUGAAGGAACCAGCCAAAUCUUCCUGGGGAGACCAUUCCACAAAAGGAGAGCCACUGCAGAAAAGGCCCAUGCUCGUCUUGCCACCCUCUGGAUCUCUCAUGGAGGAGGCACACAAAGAAGGACCUCGGAGAAUGAUCUCAGGGUCCUGGUAGGUUCAUAUGGAGAGAGGCGGUCCUUGCGUUUUCCUAGCCUGCUGGACUUGACCCCAAAAGGCUACAGCACUGGGGAGUUCACUGUCUUCUCCGCUGUCCAUUGCUCCAGAUGGUUAGUCCAGCCUCCAUGAAAAGUUUUGUGUUGGGGUGGCUAACCUUACUCAGCCUGAGGUCCACAAGCAUGGCAUACGUGUGGGCACCCCCCCACACACACACACACACAUGUGCAGGCAGGCAAGGCAGCAGAGGAGGGGCAGUGGAGUCACGGAUGUGGGCUGGGGGGCCAGCCACCUUAUUUAUUAUUAUUUUGUUAUGUAUUAAAAUUGUAUACUGCCUUUCAUCCGAAGAUCACAGGGCAAUUCACAACAUAAAAGUACAAAUGACCUUGUCUUGCAUCCUCUGGGUCUGGCUAAACAACCUUUUAUCAAACCCCAACUUUGGCUUCUGAUUCUUUUGAAAUGCCCUUCCCCCUUUGAGAGGCUCAGAAGCCCAGACCUAUAGCUGUGGCAACAGCUGCUUUAUUCCUCUUUGGCUCUGAUAGUUGGCAACCAUGUUUUGAUUCUGUAUCACACCUCGGGGAGAGGGGAAAGAAGCACAUUAGUACACAAUGGCCCAUAUUGUACAGAAGGAUAAUACGUAGAAUCAUAGAGUUGGAAGAGACCACAAGGGCCAUCCAGUCCAACCCCCCGCCAAGCAGGAAACACCAUCAAAGCAUUCUUGACAUAUGGCUGUCAAGCCCCUGCUUAAAGACCUCCAAAGAAGGAGACUCCACCACACUCCUUGGCAGCAAAUUCCACUGUCGAACAGCUCUUACUGUCAGGAAGUUCUUCCUAAUGUUUAGGUGGAAUCUUCUUUCUUGUAGUUUGAAUCCAUUGCUCCGUGUCCGCUUCUCUGGAGCAGCAGAAAACAACCUUUCACCCUCCUCUAUAUGACAUCCUUUUAUAUAUUUGAACAUGGCUAUCAUAUCAGCCCUUAACCUUCUCUUCUCCAGGCUAAACAUACCCAGCUCCCUAAGCCGUUCCUCAUAAGGCAUUGUUUCCAGGCCUUUGACCAUUUUGGUUGCCCUCUUCUGGACACGUUCCAGCUUGUCAGUAUCCUUCUUGAACUGUGGUGCCCAGAACUGGACACAGUACUCCAGGUGAGGUCUGAUGUGGGCUUUGUGUUUUUUUUAAAGGCCACCAUCCUCUUGUAAAAUGUGCACUCUGCAAAAGGACAGCAUAGUGUGUUACCAGACAAGCCUUGAUAGCAGCAAACAACUGUAGGAUAGGACUUGUUGGUAAUGACAAGCGCUUGGAAGAUCGUGGUCAGGCAAACUCUGGUUAUGGCAAUAUAGAUGGUUUUCACUUAAAGAGUUUUUAAAAACAGCUCCCUGUGCGAUGAGCCUGAAAACAUCGACGUAUAUUGUGACCAUGGAUGCGUAUCACUGGGAAUUCAAGUUCAUGGUAGAGGCUGUCUUCUGCAGGAAGGAAUGUUUUGCCUGAACUCUGAACCCAGGCCCACUGGGGCUGAGACCAAGACUUUGAAGACCGAUUUAAUAUCCAGGGAAGCAGCUGAAGCAGCUCCAGAAGCCAGAGACCAGGUCCCAAUGUGUAUCUCCUGGCUUCCCAACAUCAGAAAUUGCCCGGAGCCUGGACUGAGUGGGUUUCAACUUGAAAGAGAAUUUUAAGAGAGCAGAACUGAACCAUCAAGCUAGUUUAAUGUUUACCUUUCACAUGCCCUCUGAAUUGGCUGCCUUACACUGCCAAGCUAUAUAGGAUGCUGGAGAACUAUGCUUAAAAAAAAGUAUUAUUACUAAUUAGCAACUCCAUAUGGUUGCUUCAGAGAUGGAGGAAGUGGCAGUCUAGGAGAGUGCCUUUAAUUCUUCCUGCCCUUGUUUUACCAAUCUAAUUUCCCCAGCCUCCUAAACUCGCUACUAUCUCUGCAACAUUACAAAGGAAAAGAAGAUGACAAGUACAGUUUCAGUACCUGUCAUUACACACACACACACACACACACACACACAGAGCUUAUAGUAGUAGCUUCAAUGUCUAAUUUGGAUCGGACAGCUUUCCUGAUCUUCGAAGCAGCCUUUCAAGGUUGUGAAUUAGUGUAUGAGACAAAAAUGAAGGAACUGAGGUUUCUCGGGUCCAGGGCCUGGCAAACGCAGCUCUCUAGGCCUCUCUACUUGGCUCUUGCACUCUCUCCAGCCCACACACCCCACCAGCCCUGCUCUGCACCCUCUCUGGGUGCUUUUGCCAGGCUGGAAUGUGUCGUUCAAUCGUGAGCACCUCUUGCUUGCUUGGGUGACAGCGAAGAGGUGCUUGUCUACGUAGAAACCUUGUGGCUGGAAUGUAGCCUACAACACAAAGUGUGUGUCCUGUCUGUGGUUACGCCUGCUUUUGUCUCCAGCCCUGUCCACCAUCGACACGUGGCACCAAGAAAGUUGCCGAUGAGGAGAUACAGCCCUGAGAAUGAAGAGGUUCCCUUGCCCUUCUUUUGAGAGAACAGAUGACUGAGCUUGGAGGAGCAGAAAUCUCAGAUAGGGAUGUCCUGGGACAGAACACAAGGCCAUGGAGAGCAGGAGAUGAAACUGGGCAGGAUGCAAGUGUGCCCAGGGAAGGAAGGCAACAACACUCGCUUUGUAUUGGUCUCCAAAGGAAAUUAGUGGAUAUUGGACAGCAGUAAUGCUCAGGAUGGGGAGGGAGGAACAUGAAGGUGCCCCACAUCCUUUUAAUCCCAUCAUUGAAGUGAAUGGACCACAGGCUAAAUCGAGUCUGGUCUAUUUUGAAAUGAAAGCUUCAAUCCCACUUCCCUUUUCUCUCCCUCACUUGAAGUGCUGUGUGGAAGGUGAGCUGGCUAAUCUUAGUAUAGCGUAAAAAGAGGGUGGUAAACAGGUGGAAAUGGUUUAAUGCAAGAUCAGAGAGGAGGUUGUAGUCAAAGCAAGAGCAUGAGAGCUAUUGGGAACGGAGGAACCGGGCAGAUCUUCAAAGCAAUGUUGUGGCACUGAAAGUUCAGGAAGCAGCAGCUAAAAACAAGGAACCCCACCCAAGUGAGGAGGGAGCAGAGGACGGGGUGCCAAAGGAAGUGUAAUUCAUAAGAAUGUGCAAACUUUGGAAGUGGAAGAAAUGGAGGAGAGGCAGGCGGCCAAAUGUGAAAAAGGAGCAAGAAGGGGCGAAAAACCACUCUUCACAAGAACACCUUGGGAACUGAAAAUGAUGCUAAAUUCCACACAAGGGCUUUAUUACAUCACAAAGUCUUCCUGUUUUGAACACUCCUCCGUGCUCUCUCUGUCCCACCCAUGCUCCAGGAGUGAUUACCUUCUGCUUUCUUACCCUCCUGGGGCUUCAUACUAUGAAGAGGCUCUCUUCAGAACCCAUUUAAUACUAUCUGCCUUUAGCCAGACAUGAACAAGACCUCGCAAGGUGUCCCUGGUUGCCAUUGGCUCUUCUGAUCAAGCCACGGAGCAGGACGUCCAGAUCUGUCAAAGCAUGGAGCCCUUCCAAAUUAUCCUAACAUCUGUUGGACAAAAGGGGCAUGGAAGAUUUUUAAAUUCCCCUGGAGUUUAACCCCAAAUGUUGGCUCACACUUUGAAUGCUGGCUAGAAGGAAUGUAGCAGGCGCUGCUUAACUUGGGGGGGGGGUGCAUCUCUUCGGCUUGGCCCUUUUUAAGCCUUUGCUUUUUCUGUAAUUUCCUGUCUGCCUUUAGUGCCGGUCUAGCCAAAUGCUUCAGGAGUGCCUUGGUCAAGCUGACCUCUGCCCGCCUUCCCCCUUCUGCUCCCUUCGCUCUGCUUUGGAGGUGGAACAGAGGCAUAUAUUUGUGGAGUGGUUCUGUGCCCUCCACCCUUCCUCUCUUAGGUCAAGAUGCACCCUGAAAUGGGGGGGGGGGGCUGACUGCCAGAAGGGCUUUGGAAUGCUAGCAGAACCUCAGAGGAUCUCUUGGAGGACAGGAUUAGGAACAGGGACAGGCCCUUUUAUUCAAGUUCAGUAGCAAGGUAAGGAAGGACAAGAGGUAAGAGUGAAGCUGUUGGUCUUGGUAUAUGACUCCACUGCGGUGCUGGGGAAAUCAAUAAGGCCGCAGGGUCUUGCCUUUGCUGCAGGCAGGCAUAAAUCACUCUCACCCAUUCCUCUUCUUGCCUUGACACAGGCCUGAGGGCUACCCCCCUCCCCAACCCACAAGACCUGAUGGAUUGCAAGCAGCUGCUGUCCAUCUGCCAUUUCUCUAGGCUUUGCUCAUUGCCUGGGGAGGGGGAGCACUGCAAUGGAGUCAGCGGAGAGAUACCACUUUGCUAUGACCUGGACCAGGCACCCCAAACUUUGGCCCUCCAUAUGUUUUGGACUACAAUUCCCAUCUUCUCCAACCCCAACUGGUCCUGUUAGCUAGGGAUCAUGGGAGUUGUAGGCCAAAACAUCUGGAGGGCUGCAGUUUGGGGAUGUCUGACCUGGACUUUCAGCCCGACUUCUUUAAACAUUGCAUGAAGGCUCCACUUGAGACCACACAUCGAUAGCUAUCUACAUUGUGUCCUUGAUCAUAGGACAGCAGCCUCACUCCUCCUGCAAGGUGUGUGCUCCAUCUGGCUUCAUAGUCACCAGCUGUUCCCACCCUCUGCCGCACUCACGGAGAGAAAGAGCCUUCUCAGGGAUUGUCCUAUAAAUGCUGUGGCUCGUGGAGUAGGGCAGGGUUUCCCAAGCUUGAGUCUUUAACUGUUUUUGGACUACAGCUCCCAUCAUCCCUAGAUACCAGGGCCAGUGGUCAGGGAUGAUGGGAAUUGUAGUCCAAAAACAGCUGGAAUUUGGGAAACCCUGAAGUAGUGCUUCUCCAGGCAUGGGGAAUGUUAGGCCCAGCCGUCAAUUGCAGCCCCCAGCCCUCUCUGUUUGGCCCUCUGGACUCUCAGGCCACAGCCUUCUCUCACUUUGCUCCUUGAGCUUUUCAGUGGCUGGCAUGUGUCCUGGAACUCAGAGGCUGUUGCUUGUCUCGAUGGAGGAGAGGGAUGCCAGCCUACUGUGCAUAGGUGAUGUUUACAUUCAUUGCCCCAUCCACUUUUACCUCUGGCCCCACCCACUUCUGGGCAUGUGGCCCCCCUGGAAGAUUCCUCAGAAGGGAAUGUGGCCCUCAGGGUCCCUCCCACCCCUCUGCCUUCCUCUGUUGUUUCUCUGCUUGCCCCUGUGGUCCUGCAGGAGGAGGGAGGAAGCAGCAACCCCCAAAAACCCCAACGGAGGCAUUGCAUACCUCUGUGUUUUUACCCCGCUCUAUGACUCAGUCACACAAACACCAUUGCGUAGUUUUUUUAUAAAAAAAACACACAACAACCUUUAUU